AAAACUUCCAUAUCUAGGCAUCUUACCGUAGAUCUCAAUGCACGUCAUCAAUCUCAUUCCUUCCCCUCUUCUCAGUCUAUACUCUCACAGGCGAAUCCAGUGAGAUGCUAGAACCAAAAUAGGGCUCCCGCUUCAAUUUCAACAAUUGAGUUCCCCUGCCCCCCUAAGCUACAGAUUCCAUUGACCUGAUAACCUCACUCACUGUGCACUCAUUCUCUCCGGCGACAUUCCAAUUUUGUUCGAUAUAUGGCCACCCUUCACUCUUCUGCUCUGUUUUAUGCUGGACUUUCAGUUUCUUCCGGUAGGAAAAGUUUUAGGGAUUGCCGAGUCUCGAAGUCCCCUGCUGUUCAGAGGCGCCGUUCCAGACCUUCACUAACCUUGCCUAAACUCGAAAUUCAAGGUAGAGCAUCACUAAACGAUAAGGGGCCAUUUGAGAAGGAUGAAUCUAAACUCGUUGUUUGUUUUGGCGAAAUGCUUAUUGAUUUUGUCCCAACCACAAGUGGACUUUCUUUGGCCGAAGCACCUGCAUUUAAAAAGGCUCCAGGUGGUGCACCAGCUAAUGUUGCUGUCGGCAUUUCUCGCCUUGGUGGCUCUUCAGCAUUCAUAGGCAAGGUCGGUGAAGAUGAAUUUGGUUUCAUGCUUGCUGAUAUUUUGAUGGAGAAUAACGUGAACAAGGAAGGGAUGCGGUUUGAUCCAUCUGCUCGCACUGCUUUAGCAUUCGUAACACUUAGGAAAGACGGGGAGCGUGAAUUCAUGUUUUACCGUAAUCCUAGUGCUGAUAUGUUGCUCACACCCAGUGAGCUUGAUCUGGAAUUAAUUAAGAAGGCAAAAAUUUUCCAUUACGGUUCAAUAAGCUUAAUUACAGAGCCUUGCAAAUCAGCACAUGUUGCGGCAGCAAAAGCUGCGAAGGAUGCUGGUGUAAUUUUGUCAUAUGAUCCAAAUUUGAGGCUUCCCCUAUGGCCAUCGGCAGAAAGUGCUAGAGAAGGAAUACUUAGUAUAUGGGAUAUUGCCGAUAUAAUUAAGAUCAGUGAGGAGGAGAUUUCAUUUUUGACACAAGGAGAAGAUCCAUAUAAUGAUGAAGUUGUUCGUAAACUCUACCACCCAAACCUUAAGUUGCUCCUUGUCACAGAAGGCCCAGCAGGUUGUAGAUAUUACACCAAGGAGUUUAGUGGAAGAGUUGCGGGAUUGAAGGUGGAGGCUGUGGACACAACUGGUGCCGGAGAUGCUUUUGUGGCUGGUAUAUUGUCACAAUUAGCAUCUGAUGAGUCAUUGCUUCAGAAUGAGGGGAAGCUGAGAGAGGCCUUGAGCUUUGCGAAUGCUUGUGGUGCCUUGACCGUGAUAGAGAGAGGUGCCAUUCCGGCUUUGCCCACUCGAGAGGCUGUCCUUAAUGCCAUGCUACUCCAAUCAGUAGCGAAAUGAGUUUGCACACAACUUGAUGUUGUAACUUUUGUUUCAUGAUGUAAUUCUGGAAAACACAUUGUAAUGAUUAAUUUGUUGAUAUUGCUUCCCAGGAUGGAUCUUAUCCGUCCUAAUGAUGUUGUUGUAACCAGUCUUCUAAAAGUGUUAGGUGGCAUUUAGGCAAUGGAUUACGGCCCAGACAGUGCCUAGUUGGGCCUUCACAGGUAAGGGAAUUUCAACGCCUAGACAUAUGUGUUUAGAACAAUAGCUGUAAUUCUGUAACUAGUAAUUGUCAUGUUCUUGAAAUAAAAUUAAUAAUGCUUGGUUUAGAGUUUUGCAUGGUUCAGCCUCUGAUACAGUUUGGCCAUCUUUUGCGUUUAGU